GUCGCGAAGUGUCUGUGGCGACAGCCAUGCUGACGUAUGCCAAGCCACGUACUCUGGUGGUGCGCAUGGAGGCCGCGGCCCUGAGGGGGGCGCCGUGGGGGGCGCUCGUGGCGGCGGCGAGGGGCGUGGAGGUCAGCCUGAGUCUGUUCAGCCCUGACGCCUACGAGCCUAACGACGACCUCCUCCUGCCGCUGCACAACAGCGGGGUGAGGCUGGUGAGGUUCAAAGGCUGCGUGGGCACCUGCGCUGGUGCGGCCGCCCUCGCCUCAGCGUGGCAGGGCGCUCAACUCGGCAUCCACAUGGCGGCGCCCCUGGACCUCAGCGCCCUCGGGAGGACAUACAAGGUCCUCG